UCUGCUUCGAGGAGGGCGCAGUCUCCGCCGUUCCCGGAUCCGUCGCAGCGGCUGUUAAUGCCCCGGGAGCCCCCCCCCGGUUGGCGCGCGCGCACACACACACACGCACAAACACACACAAACGCACAGAAACACACGCGACUCGGCCUGCGCGAUCGCCCCGCGCGCCAUGGCGGCCGCCCUGCACGUGAAGCACUCGAGCGGCGAGCACGCGCGAAAGCGCAUGGACCCCCGCAGGAGGCAGGCGGCGCUUUCCUUCCUCAGCAACAUCUCCCUGGACGGGCGGCCCGUGCAGGACGCCUGCGACAGGCCGGGGGACGAGGAGAGCCGUGGCGAGCCCGCGAGCGCGCACUGCGCGUGCCAGCAGCAGCAGCAGCAGCAGCACCCGCAGCAGCACCCGCUCGCGGCGACGCCGGGCCUGGCCGUAGCGCUCGGGGUCCGGUCCGGCUUCUGCGCGAGCCCGCACGCUCACGGUGCGCCCGCGUGCGCGCACUCGGAGGCGGACGUGUUCGCGCGCGGCGGCGCCCCCCACCCCCCCGUGGUGGCGGCGGCGGCGGCGGCGGCCACGGCCACGCGGGGCAGGUUGCACACCUUCACUCAGGGAAUCGUGCCUGUGGGCUUCUCGCGCCAGGGCGCGCAGACCUACGGCUGCGUGGAGAGCGGACAGGUGGCCAACUCGGCGCUGGAGCUGCAGAGGUCCAGGCGGAGACUCAUCUCCCAGCGUUCGUCCCUGGAGACUCUGGAGGACAUUGAAGAGAACGCACCUCUCCGCAGGUGCCGGACCCUGUCUGGUUCACCGAGGCCGAAGGGCUUCAGGAAGGUCCACUUCAUCAAGAACGUGAGGCAGCACGACACCCGCAACGGCAGGAUAGUCCUCAUCAGCGGCCGAAGAUCCUUCUGUAGCGUGUUUUCCGUGCUGCCGUAUCGAGAUUUUGGCCAAGCAGGGGAGGCUAAGCUAGACGGCGGACGCCAGCGGCACGCCUCGGGCGGAGUCAGCGCCAAGGAGAUGGUGAUCGGGCUGGAGGGCGUGGAGCUCGGAGCCGAUGGCAAGACGGUGUCCUACACGCAGUUCCUGUAUCCCACCAACGCCCUCAGCUGUCGCAGGAACACCAUCGACUCCACUUCCUCCUUCUCGCAGUCCCGCCACUCGAGCCACCGCAGCCUGAGCUUGGCGCGUGCCAACAGCACCCAGGGCAGCAUGGACGCAGGAAACGACAUGGGCGACUUCUUUGAAUAUGACCCCAACCUCCUGGAUGACCCUCAGUGGCCGUGCGGAAAGCACAAGAGGGUACUGAUCUUCCCCUCGUACAUGACCACAGUUAUUGAGUACGUGAAACCUUCGGACCUGAAGAAGGACAUGAACGAGACCUUCAGAGAGAAGUUUCCCCACAUCCGACUGACCCUCAGUAAGAUCAGGAGCCUGAAACGGGAGAUCCGGAAGCUGGCGCAGGAGGAUUGCGGGUACGAGGAGCCCACGGUGGCCAUGGCCUUCGUGUACUUUGAGAAGCUGGCGCUGCGCGGCAAGCUCAACAAGCAGAACCGCAAGCUGUGCGCCGGCGCCUGCGUGCUGCUGGCCGCCAAGAUCGGCAGCGACCUCAAGAAGCACGAAGUGAAGCACCUGAUCGACAAACUGGAGGAGAAGUUUCGGCUGAACCGGCGAGAGCUGAUCGCCUUCGAGUUCCCGGUCCUGGUGGCCCUAGAGUUCAACCUGCACCUGCCGGAACACGAGAUCAUGCCGCACUACAGACGCCUCCUGCAGAGCUCCUAGCGCUGGCUCCCCGUCAGGAGAGCGCGAGUCACCUCCCUCUCCUGAUCGAGGUUGCCGAGUCACCACGCCGGUCCCCGGAAGACCUUUCCUCCUCCGAGAGCAGCUCCUCUGAGCUUCUCCGCUCUGAUCAUCUCUCCGAAUUUUUCUUUUUUUCUAAUAAACGUCGGCUUGGCUCACAAGCGAAGGAAAGUCACGAGUGGGACGUCGCGGCCUUUUUCGUCUGGCUUUUAUAUUUCUUCUCCACAGAGGGAUCCUGUGUUUACUGUUUUUUUUUUUUUUCUUUUUUUUUUAAUACUCGUUUUCCUGACACUUUUAUUCUUUUAUAUUCCCACAGUAGUGAUCCUAAGGAUCUGUCAGGCUCAGUUACCGUUUCUCAUAAAGAUCUUCUUCACGGUGUCAAAACUCUUGUGCGAAGGGAGUGCGGCGCGGUGGGGGUGGGGUGGGGGUCUUCAGCCUGGGGAUCGGCUGUUUUGCGAGUGUGGAAUUCUCCCCCCCCUCCCCCCCCACUCCUUCCUGUUGUUUUGACCUUUUUUCCUCUUUCUUGCAUUUGGUCCUUAAUGCCAAAGUUGGAGCAGUAGCUCCCAGCGUUGAAGCUGGAGAUCUCUGGCAUGUUGGGGUGCCUUCAGGCUGCUUUUUGCAGGACGGAACGACUCCUCGCCUAGGGGCCGCUUUUUCUUGCAGAUGGGGGAGUGCGAUUUAUCUCCUCCGACUUCGCUGUGGUCAUAUUUCUCCUUCAGCCUCGUCUCUAUAAAGUGCUCUUUUUUUGCGGCAUCGCAAGGGUGUAAAAUGCACGUUUACCGACCGCGUAAGAACUUGAUUUGCUUGAAGGCAUUUUGAACAAGGUUCCCCGAAGGCGCCGAUCCGGUCGGGACAUCGGCGGACGAGCCGCCGAUCUGGCAAAGCUAUAAACGAACAAACAACUGUGGGUCACGAUCGUGAGCGUUCACGGUCACUCCACUCAUCGUAGCAGUUGAGGUCACUUUCGGUAUCGCAGCCGUUUUCCAAUAGCAAACGAACUGGAAUAUUUCGUAAAGAUAAGGAUAUUUUAUUGGGCUCUUUUCUCUUUUUUUAAAAUUUUAUUUCAUUUUUUUUUCCACCACAUUUCUCAUCCAAGCAGCUGAAGAUCUGGCUUGCUCUCAUCCCUGUUUAUGUGUGUGUGUGUUUUCCUCUGUGCUCUAUGUUAGAGUGUAUUAUUGGCACGUUUCUGGUGCUAUUCUGGAGGAUGGUUGCAAAGCGAUGCGUAAAGGUGUGUGUGUGUGUGUGUGUGUGUGGGCGAGGAGCGAUCGCUCCGGUUGGGUCGUGCACUAACACGCAGCAGUAUUUGCUAUGGACUGCGUACAAUGAGAUCACAAUUGGAAACAAAUACAAGUGCUCUUCCAACCAAGUACAACACUGCCUGCUUUUCGGGGAGAAACAUUUCCUCCUGUAUUUAUGCUCUUAGUUGAGACUUUUUUUUCCUAAAUUACAUAGUGUUAAGCUGCUUACAAUUAUA